AUUCUAGAAGACAACAUGAUGAACGUGAAUGGCAUGGCAGCCUCUCAAUUCAUCGGCCCUUUUCUCAGUACAGUGCAAAACUGGGAAGUCACGAUGCACACGAUCUCCGAAGUUAUCGAAUUAUGGGUGCAACUGCAGAAAAAAUGGCUAUACCUCGAGGGCAUUUUCGUAGGCGGUGACAUAAGACUCCAAUUGCCAGACGAAGCGAAGAAGUUCGACGAAAUUGACAAAUCUUUUAAGAAAAUUAUGACAGACACUUCGAAGAGGCUGAACGUUCUCCAAUGUUGCAUGAUUAAAGGUCGACAAGAAGAGUUCGAAUCGAUGAUUCUUGCACUGGACAAAUGUCAGAAGUCGCUGACAAAUUACUUGAACAGCAAACGAGCAGUUUUCCCGCGAUUCACUUUCCUCAGUGACGACGAUCUUCUGAGUAUCCUUGGGAGCGGCGAACCCACCGCCAUUCAAGAACACGUGGGCAAGAUGUUCGAUAAUUUGGACAAAUUCCGUUUCGAAAUAAACAAUACCGAACGCGUGAUAGCCACUGGCUUGAUCUCUUGCGAGAAAGAGGUGAUGGACUUCAGAAACGUGGUUCUAGCCGAAGGAAAAAUCGAAGAAUGGAUGGUGCUUGCAUUGGAAGAGAUGAAAAGAUCGAACCGAUUCUUGACGAAAAAGGCUAUCUACGACUAUGGGAAGGUCAGAAGACCUAGGACAAAAUGGAUGCUAGACUUCCAAGGAAUGAUGAUCCUAGCGGCUGAUCAAAUAUGGUGGACAGCGGAGGUGGAGAACGUGUUCGAGAAAAUGUCUCGAGGGCAGAUGCGUGCGAUGAAAGAUUAUUUGAAGCAACUGAACAAUCAACUAAACGAAGUGGUAACAUUGAUGGGUGGUGAUACGCUGACGAACAAUGAUAGAAAGAAAUUUGACAUGGUGUUAACACUCGAUGUUCAUAUGAGAGAUAUCGUGGAAGGUUUCGUCAGAGACAGUAUCAUGGAUCCUUCGGAAUUCGAGUGGGAAAGUCAAUUAAGGUUUUACUGGGUUCACGAUCUGGAUAAUGUUUGGAUGUACCAGUGCACCGGAACAUUCGAAUACGGCUACGAGUACAUGGGACUCAAUGGAAGACUCGUUGUUACACCUUUGACAGACAGAAUAUACUUGACCAUCACACAAGCUCUCUCGAUGCACCUGGGUGGAGCUCCUGCAGGUCCUGCUGGAACGGGAAAAACGGAGACCACGAAAGACUUGGCGAAGGCGUUAGGAUUACUGUGCAUCGUCACAAAUUGCGGUGAAGGAAUGGAUUAUGUGGCGAUAGGAAACACACUGAGUGGCCUGGCACAGUGCGGAGUAUGGGGUUGCUUUGACGAAUUUAAUCGCAUCGAUAUUUCUGUCCUAUCGGUUAUCUCUACUCAGCUUCAAACUAUACGCUCCGCUUUGAUGGCAAAAGCAUCAAGAUUUAUGUUCGAGGGCCAAGACAUAGUGCUCGACUCGAAAGUGGGCAUAUUCAUCACAAUGAAUCCAGGGUACGCGGGUCGAACGGAACUUCCGGAAUCGGUGAAAGCGCUGUUCAGGCCAGUGGUGUGCAUAGUUCCGGAUAACGAGCUGAUUUGCCAGAUAAAGCUGUUCAGCUCCGGCUUCUUGACCGCCAAAGUUCUAGCCAAGAAGAUGACUGUUCUGUACAAAUUGGCACGCGAACAACUGAGCAAGCAGAACCACUACGACUUCGGUCUGAGAGCACUCAAAUCCGUGCUCAAUAUGGCCGGCCAAUUGAAGAGGACUUCCGGUGACCUGGCUGAAGACGUGGUACUCAUGAGGGCGCUUCGAGACAUGAAUUUGCCGAAAUUUAUAUUCGACGACGUCCCAUUGUUUCUGGGAUUAAUCGCUGACCUCUUCCCAAACCUCGACUGUCCGAGGGUUCAUUAUCCUGAUUUUAACAACGCUGUUAAUCAAGUACUGGAGGAGCAACGAUAUAUUAUCUUGUCUGAGCAGAUUGACAAAGUGGUGCAACUAUACGAAGUAAUGAUGACUAGACACUCGACAAUGGUGGUUGGACCGACAGGAGGCGGGAAGACCGUCGUGAUCGAAACUCUUUGCAAAGCUCAAACUCGUCUCGACAAACCUACCAAACUCUACAUUUUAAAUCCAAAGGCGUGCACCGUGAACGAACUUUAUGGUGUGUUGGAUCCAGCGACACGCGAUUGGACAGACGGUCUCCUAAGUUGUAUUUUUCGGGAAGUGAACAGACCAUUGAACUCGAACAAGGACGAGAAAAAAUAUAUUUUGUUCGACGGUGACGUAGAUCCACAAUGGAUCGAGAAUAUGAAUUCCGUGAUGGACGAUAACAAAUUAUUGACUCUGGCCAAUCAAGAAAGAAUCAAGAUGCAGAAUCAUUGUAGUCUACUGUUCGAGGUAGGCGACCUGCAGUACGCCUCGCCAGCUACUGUAUCCAGAGCCGGCAUGGUGUACGUAGACCCAAAAAACUUGGGUUAUCAGCCUUACAUGGACAAAUGGAUACGGAGCAAGAGCGAAUCGGACCAGGAGCUACUGAACGGAAUGUGCGAGAAAUACGUGCACGGCGGGAUAGCUCUCAUUAUAGAAGGAAUGCUCGGGUUACAACAAGUUACACCGCUUAAGAUGAUCAUACCACAAACCGGACUCAACAUGGUAAUACAACUUUGUUACGUAUUCGACGGUCUGCUCGCUAUUCUGGAUACUCGACCAACUCCUACUACCAAGACCGAGGAAGAGGAAGAAAUAAGGGCAGAAGCGUUAUUCUCCAGAGGGGAAAUUCUCGAGGCGAUGUACAUUCAAGCUUGCUACUGGUCCUUAGGAGCCUCCCUGGUGACUGAAAACAGGCCUGACUUUGACGAUUACAUAAAGAAAACUUCUGGAUUUAUGCUUGUCCAAGAUACCGUUGAAAAACGAGCUACUGUGCGAUACAUACCCGUGACGGAGAAAUUGUUGUACGAUUAUUUCUUGGAUUUGGAAAGGAAUAUAUGGAUCCCAUGGAGAGCUCUGGUCCCUAAUUAUGUCCAUGACAGGGAGAAAAAUUUCUCCGAUAUUUUGGUUCCCACCAUAGACACUCUAAGAACUACGUGGUUCGUUAACAUGAUGAACGAACGAGAUCGGCCAGCUCUUUUAGUUGGCGAAACUGGUACUUCGAAAACCGCUAUAAUUCAAGAAUUUCUUCGAAAUCUGAGCAUCGAGAAAUACAAUCAACUUCUCAUCAAUUUCUCAUCGAGGACAACUUCGAUGGACGUGCAAAAAAAUAUAGAGGCUGUUGUGGAGAAGAGAACGAGGGAAACUUAUGGACCACCUCCUGGUAAAAAGUUGUUACUCUUCAUCGAUGACAUGAAUAUGCCACUGGUGGACACUUAUGGUACCCAGCAACCUAUCGCGCUUCUCAAGUUUUUGUUCGAAAAGGGUGGAUUUUACGAUCGUGGAAAGGACCUUUCUCUAAUGUACAUGAAAGAUAUGUGUUAUUUAGCGGCUAUGGGAAAGCCUGGUGGAGGAAGGAACGAAGUGGAUCCAAGAUUCAUCUCCAUGUUCUCCGUCUAUAACGUUAUAUUUCCAGCAAAUGAGACGCUUUGUUACAUUUAUACAAGCAUACUGAGCGGACACUUGCAAACAUUUUCAGAGGAAGUGCAAUCAAUUGCGGAAACCCUGGUGCAAAUUACUCUGGACCUCUAUCAGAAAGUUACUGCGGAAUUAUUACCCACACCGAAUAAAUUCCAUUACAUUUUUAAUAUGCGAGAUUUGUCGAGAAUUACGGCUGGACUUCUUCAAAGCCAUCCUGAUUAUCUUCCAAAAGUGAAACAGAUCGUUAGACUUUGGAGGAACGAGUUCGCCAGAAUUAUAUGCGAUCGUUUGAUAAACGAAGACGACGAGAGUAUCGUAGCUACAUACGUGAAAGAGAAGAUCGAAGAACGUUGGGAGGAAGAGCCUGACGUUAUCAAAUAUGUAAUGAGGGAUCCUCUGCUAUUUGGUGAUUUUAGAAACGCGAUUAACGAGGGGGAACCACGAUUCUACGAAGAUUUAUUGGACUACGAGGCUGUCUACAGUUUGUUCCUAGAGAUCUACGAAGAUUAUAACGAGAGAAGCGCGACCACGUUGCAAAUGGUCCUCUUCAACGAUGCGCUCCAGCACUUGACUAGAGUUCACCGUGCAUUCAGAAUGCACAGAGGGCACGUUUUGGUGAUUGGCAUCGGUGGAAGUGGGAAGAAAUCGGUGAUCAAAUUAGCAGCUUACGCAGCCAACUUCCAAAUUUUCGAAAUUAGUCUAUCUCGAGGCUACAACGAAGCUUCUUUUCGCGAUGAUAUGAAAACACUGUACAACAAGGUUGGCGUGGACAAUCAGAGAAUCGUGUUUUUAUUUACAUCUGCUCAUGUCAUCGACGAAAGUUUUCUGGAGUUGGUAAACAAUAUGUUGAUGACCGGUGUCGUACCAGCGUUGUUCACCGACGAAGACAAGGACGAAAUCGUCAAUUCUUGCAGAAAUCAGGCUGUAGAUGCUGGCUUCGGUGUAACCAGAGAAAGUGUAUGGUCAUAUUUCGUGAAAACCAGCCUUCAAAAUUUACGGAUAGCGUUGUCGAUGAGUCCAUCGGGAGAUUUAUUAAGGACAAGAUGUCGAAGUUAUCCUGGUCUGGUGAACAGUACCACCAUAGACUGGAUGUUCCCUUGGCCUGAACAGGCUUUAGUUUCCGUGGCUAAUGUCACUCUUAGAGACCAUCCAAACGUAUCACAAACUCACAGAGAUGCCCUAGUAGAACAUAUGGUGUUCACUCAUAGGACAGUCUGCGACUACACGGUGGAAUUUCAAACGAUACUACGAAGAAGAAAUUACGUGACUCCCAAACACUACUUAGAUUUUAUAAACAAUUAUCUGUAUCUGUUGGUAGAAACGAGGGAUUACAUAAAUUCACAAUGUGAUCGACUUUCCGGAGGUCUGCAGAAGAUCGCGGAGGCCUCGGUGACUUUGAACGAGUUAAAUCAAAUUCUGGCCGUGCAAAGGGUAAAAGUAGCUGAUCAGACGAGAAACUGCGAGCGACUAUUGGCUUCCAUAGGAGAAAGUACGAAUAUCGCGAUGGAAAAGAAACAGCUGAGCGAGCAGGAAAGACAAUCGAUAGAACAACAGAGGAAGAUUAUCGACAAGGAGGAAACGGAAGCUAAACAGGCAUUGGCUGACGCGCAACCUGCCUUAGAUGCAGCCAGAGCGGCCCUUGGGGAACUCGAGAAAGCAGACAUUACUGAAAUAAGAUCGUUUGCAACUCCGCCGGAACCUGUGCAAAUCGUCUCGGAAUGCGUGGCGAUGCUGCGAGGCAUAAAGGACAUUUCUUGGAAAGGCGCAAAAGGAAUGAUGAGCGACCCAGCAUUUCUGCGACAAUUGCAAGAGAUGAACUGCGAUAAAAUCACGUUGAAACAACAACAAGCAGUCAAAGCUCAUUUAAAGAAAACUACUAAAUUGGAUCAAAUGCAGCAUAUCAGCAAGGCUGGGUACGGAUUGUACAGAUUCGUACUCGCUGUGCUAGAUUAUUGUGCCGUUUUCAGAGAGGUGAAACCAAAGAUAGAACGCGUUAAGGAAUUGGAAGCUGAAUCGGAACGAGCACGAAAGGCCUUGGAAAGGGAAGAACGAGAAUUAAGGAGGCUCGAGAGAGCCAUUGCCGAUUUGAAUACAAAAUAUGAGAAUGCUAUGGAAGAAAGACAAAAAUUGCAAGAAGAGACAGACUUGCUUCAGAGGCGUUUAAUAGCUGCUGAUAAAUUAAUUAGCGGAUUGUCUUCUGAAAAUGAACGAUGGAAGAAAGAUUUGGAGACGCUGCAUGGUCAAAUAGAGAAAAUUACUGGCAAUUGUUUGCUUUCCGCUGGAUUUCUUGCAUAUUGUGGACCAUUUUCUUACGAGUAUAGGAAUCAGAUGGUAUACGACGACUGGUGGAACAGUAUAGUGCAAAAAGGAAUUCCAUUCACGGAUACGUUCAAGAUUCAGACGGAAUUAAGCAGCGACGUUGAAAUUAGCACAUGGACAUCCGAAGGCCUACCACCUGAUGAACUAUCCGUGCAAAAUGGAAUUCUAACUACGAGAGCAUCGAGAUUCCCAGUUUGCAUCGAUCCUCAGCAACAAGCUCUGAACUGGAUCAAAAAGAAAGAACAGAAGAGGAAUUUAAAGAUCCUAUCGUUCACUGAUUCAGACUUUUUGAAGCAAGUGGAACUUGCAAUAAAAUACGGUCUCCCAGUUCUAUUUCAGGACGUCGAUGAAAUUGAUCCUGUUUUAGAUAACGUCCUAUCGAAGAACAUACAAAAUGUGGGAGGUAGAAUGUUCGUGCUCCUCGGUGAUAAGGAAGUGGAUUAUGAUCCGAAAUUCAGGAUGUACCUCACUACGAAGAUAUCGAAUCCCAUAUUCGAUCCUGCUGUAUAUGCCAAGACCACCGUGAUCAAUUACAUGGUGACCCUAGGGGGACUGGAGGAUCAACUACUAUCAGUGGUCGUUCGAACAGAGAGACCAGACAUCGAGGAACAACGAGAAAACUUGAUCAUCGAGACCAGCGAGAACAAGAACCUCCUGAAACAGUUAGAAGACAGUUUACUUCUCGAAAUUGCUACGAAUAAAGGCAAUAUGUUAGAUAACAUCGAGCUGAUCGAAACUUUGGAAAGCACGAAAUCUAGCGCCGCAGAAGUAAUGAGGAAGUUAUAUCUAGCUGAAGUGACAGCUUCUGACGUGAACAAGCUCCGAGAUGGAUAUCGAUCAGUGGCAAAAAGAGGAGCGUUAUUGUUCUUCGUUUUGGCCGACAUGGCCAUGGUAAAUCCGAUGUAUCAGUAUUCUCUGAUCAGCUACGUGGAGGUGUUCACUUAUUCGCUGAGGAAAGCACUGCCGGAUCCAACGUUACAACGUCGUCUGCAGAAUAUUAUCCCAAUGCUGACGAAGAACGUGUACGACUAUGGUUGCACGGGAAUUUUCGAAAGGCAUAAAUUAUUGUUCUCGUUUCAAAUUUGCACGAAAUUGGAGCAAAGUAUAGGGAACGUCAGUCAACGGGAAUUGGACUUCUUCAUUAAAGGAAGUAUCACUUUGGAAAAAUCGCCAAAAAUUAAUCCUACGGAAUGGUUACCAGCUGCUGGGUGGGCUGAUUUGUUGAAACUGAGUAACGAUUUUCCACACAAGUUUGCAAACAUUGCGGACGAACUGGCUUCACACGCGGAUGAGUGGCAAGCUUGGUACGACUUGGACGCCCCAGAGGCUCUGGAUUUUCCUCUGGGCUACUCCGCCAAAUUAAAACCCUUCGAGAAGCUUAUGCUGAUACGCUGUUUCCGCGUCGAUCGAGUUUAUCGCAGUGUGAUCGAUUACAUCAGCGAGAUUAUGGGAGAAGAAUACAUCACACCCCCACAUAUUAGUCUCGAAUUAAUCUUGGAACAAAGCACGCCUACAAUGCCUGUUAUUUUCAUUCUAAGUCCUGGAUCUGAUCCUUCCUCGGAACUAAUGAAACUGGCAGACAAACACGGUUGUGGAGGCGGAAGAUUCAAAUAUUUGUCCCUUGGACAGGGCCAGGAGAAGACUGCGAUAGAGUUGUUAGAAGUUGCAGUGUCUAGAGGGCAAUGGUUAAUGUUACAAAAUUGCCAUUUACUGUUAAGUUUCACCAAAGAACUAGAGAAACUGUUGGACGAGGUUGGAAAGCCUCAUCCCGAUUUCCGGUUGUGGCUCACGACUGAUCCGACUCCCACUUUUCCUAUCGGAAUAUUGCAGCAAUCUUUGAAAGUGGUCACGGAGCCACCUAGUGGAUUGAAAUUAAAUCUCCAGAAUACUUAUUUAAAAAUCAGACCUCGAAUGCUUGAAAGUUGUGCACAUCCUGCCUACAAACAUUUAAUUUACGUAUUAGCUUUCUAUCACGCGGUUAUUCAAGAGAGAAGGAGAUACGACAAGAUUGGCUGGAAUAUAAAUUACGAUUUCAAUGAAUCGGAUUUCAAUGUAUGCUGUAUUAUUCUGGAUACUUAUUUGACCAAGGCGUUCACAGCGAAAGAUCCCAGGCUCCCUUGGAACAGCUUGAAAUAUUUAAUAGGAGAAGUAAUGUACGGUGGACGAGUGAUAGACAGCUACGAUCGUCGAGUAUCCGAAACCUACAUGGACGAAUACUUCGGAGAUUUCCUUUUCGACAGCUUUCAACCCUUCCACUUCUAUCACGACGAGGAAGUCGAUUACGUGAUCCCUCCGGUAGGCGAAUUAGAAGAUUAUCUCGAGUUCAUCGAGGGAUUACCUCUGGUGAACAGUCCAGAUGUCUUUGGACUGCACCCAAAUGCCGAAAUUGGCUACUUCACUCAAGCUGCGAAAGAAAUGUGGAAUAAUCUUAUAGAGCUGCAACCGCAAACUGUACGCCUGGAUAAAAGGAAAGUCAGUGGAGUUGGAAUAAGUAAAGAUGAAUUUAUUGACAACAUUGCGCAAGACAUAUUGAAUAAAGUUCCUGUCGAGUAUGAUCUCGUUAAAGUGAGGAAACAUUUUGGUCCAACGAUAACUCCAACCACGAUUGUUCUUUUCCAAGAAUUGGAGAGAUUUAAUACGUUGAUUAGAGUAAUGAAGAGGACAUUAACGCAGUUGAGAAAGGCUAUCGCCGGAGAAAUUGGAAUGGACACGACCCUGGAAAAUAUAUCCGCGGCAUUAUACAAUGGCGUAUUGCCGCAAGAAUGGGCCAUACUAGCGCCAGACACGAGGAAAAAUCUUGGUGGAUGGAUCGAACAUUUCGAGAAGAGGAUACAACAGUACACUAAUUGGUCUUCGACGAGCGAGCCUAUAGUUCUCUGGUUAGCCGGACUACACAUCCCGGAAACUUAUUUAGCAGCUCUCGUGCAAAUGGCUUGCCGGAGAAAUAGUUGGUCUUUGGAUCGUUCUCUCACGUACACAGCAGUAUCGAAGUUUACAAGACCUGAGAAAGUAGAGGAAAGACCCGACCAGGGUUGUUACGUGAGUGGAUUAUAUUUGGAAGGGGCUAGAUGGGAUCUACAAGAGCAAUGUCUUAAAAGAUCACAUCCAAAAAUUCUGAUAGAAGAAUUACCAAUUCUCAUCAUCAUUCCAGUAGAAGCUCAUAGACUCAGACUUCAGAAUACUUUCAGAACGCCAGUGUACACUACGUCUAAUCGAAGGAACGCUAUGGGAGUAGGUCUGGUUUUCGAGGCAAACCUCGCCACCACGGAACACAUAUCUCACUGGGUAUUGCAAGGAGUUUGUUUAGUGUUAAAUACCGAUUAAAUGGCUAAGAAUUAUAUACGAUUACAGUAAUAAUUAUUAUUUUAUAAGAAACGCUAUAUACAAAGACAUCCCAUGUACAGUAAAUAUCUUUAUAAAUAUAUUAAAAGAAAUCUUCCCAAAAAUAUCAACCAUCACAUUAUAUUUAUGUAACUUUGUAA